AUGUACGCUGAACUACCGUUUGAAGAAUUAAAUGUUAAACCAGAUAAUAGAAGAGUAGCAUAUUUCUAUGAUCAAGAUGUAGGAAAUUACUUUUAUGGUACAGGACAUUGUAUGAAACCACAUAGGAUAAGAAUGACUCACUCUUUAAUAAUGAAUUAUGAAUUAAAUAAAAAAAUGGAGAUAUAUAGAGCUCAACCAGCCACAAAUUUAGAAUUAACCCAAUUUCAUUCAGAUGAAUAUAUCGAUUUCAUAGAUAGAGUUACACCAGAUAAUUUACAUUUAUUCCCUCGUGAAGCACAAAUUUUCAAUGUUGGAGAAGACUGUCCAGUGUUUGAUGGGUUAAAUGAAUUUUGUAAAAUAUCAUGUGGUGGUUCAAUGGAAGGAGCUGCAAGAUUAAAUAAUGGGAAUGCAGAUAUUGUUAUAAAUUAUGCUGGUGGUCUACAUCACGCUAAAAAAUCAGAAGCUUCUGGGUUUUGUUAUACAAAUGAUAUUGUUUUGGCUAUUAUAGAACUAUUAAGAAAACAUCCAAGAGUAUUAUAUAUAGAUACUGAUGUUCAUCAUGGAGAUGGGGUUGAAGAAGCAUUUUAUACAAAUGAUAGAGUUAUGACUUGUUCAUUUCAUAAAUUUGGUGAAUUUUUCCCAGGUACCGGUAACGUUGGUGAUAUAGGUAUAGGAAAAGGAAAAUAUCACUCAGUUAAUAUACCUUUAAGAGAUGGAAUUGAUGAUGCUUCUUAUAAAUCUAUAUUUGAACCAAUAAUAAGUAAAAUAGUUGAAUGGUAUCAACCAUCAGCUAUUGUUUUACAAUGUGGUGGAGAUUCCCUAAGUGGAGAUAGAUUAGGACCUUUUAAUCUUUCAAUGAGGGGUCAUGCAAAUUGUGUUAGUUUUGUAAGAUCUUUGGGCUUACCAAUGAUGGUAUUAGGUGGUGGUGGAUAUACAAUACGAAAUGUUGCUAGAACUUGGGCUUUUGAAACAGGUAUAUGUAAUGGAGUUAUACUACCUAAGGAACUUCCAUAUAAUGGAUAUUAUGAAUAUUAUGCUCCGACAUAUGAACUAGAUGUAAGAUCUUCAAAUAUGAACAAUGCCAAUUCAAAAGAAUAUUUAAAUAAAUUAUUAACACAAGUUAUUAGUAAUUUAGAUCACACAAAACAUGCACCAUCAGUACAAAUGCAAGAAGUUCCACUAGAUAUGGAAGAUUUAGGUGAUAUUGAUGAAGAUUUGCCAGAAGUAAUAGAUACAAAAGGUGGAUCACAAACGCAAGAAGAUAAAAGAGUUGAAAAUAAACUGGAAUUUUAUAAUGAUGACACAAAAGAUUUAGGAGAAAAAAAUAUAACAGAAGUUGAAAUGGAAGAUGCAACAAUUGAAGAAGAACCAAAAGUUACUGAAGAAGAACUAAAAGAAAUUCAACAAUUGAAUGAGGUAGUAUAA